GAAGCGGAGUUGGCCCGCGCUUUGGGAAUUAUGGCGGCGGUGGAUAUUCGAGAUAAUCUACUGGGAAUCUCUUGGGUCGACAGCUCUUGGAUCCCCAUUUUGAACAGUGGUAGUGUCCUGGAUUACUUUUCCGAAAGAAGUAACCCUUUCUAUGACAGAACAUGUAAUAACGAAGUGGUCAAAAUGCAGAGGCUGACAUUAGAACAUUUGAAUCAGAUGGUUGGAAUUGAGUACAUCCUUUUACAUGCUCAAGAACCAAUUCUUUUCAUCAUUCGAAAGCAACAGCGGCAGUCCCCUGCUCAAGUUAUCCCUCUUGCUGAUUACUAUAUCAUUGCUGGAGUGAUUUACCAGGCACCAGACUUGGGAUCAGUUAUAAACUCCAGAGUGCUUACUGCAGUGCAUGGCAUUCAGUCAGCUUUUGAUGAAGCUAUGUCUUAUUGUCGAUAUCAUCCCUCCAAAGGAUAUUGGUGGCAUUUCAAAGAUCACGAAGAACCAGAUAAAGUCAAGCCAAAAGCUAAAAGAAAAGAAGAACCAAGCUCUAUUUUUCAGAGACAGCGUGUGGAUGCUUUACUUGUAGACCUUAGACAAAAAUUUCCACCUAAAUUUGUUCAGCAAAAAUCUGGAGAAAAGCCUGUCCCAGUGGAUCAGACAAAGAAAGAGGCAGAACCUAUACCAGAAACUGUAAAAUCUGAAGAGAAAGCGACCACAAAGAAUGUCCAACAGACAUUGAACACUAAAGGCCCACCUGAGAAAAGAAUAAGGCUUCAAUGAGUAUUGGACAAAAGAAAAACUUGCAAGACUCUAUUUUCAAUUAUUAUACCUCAGUGUUGUUGUGGAUUUUUCAGAUUUAAAGCCCUUUUUCAUAACCCUCUCAUUUGUAUGGAAUGUGGUUAUUCUUGAAGGUUGUUUCCAUCAUGCUGUGUGAAUAUUUCUUAUGUAUCUUUUGUAAUGUUUCCUCUUUUGGACUUGAGAAGUUUACUUACAUGUGUAUGUGUAUUACAUUUAAAGACAAAAA